UUUGAGUAUUCGAGUACGAUGUUGUAGUAUACAGUAGUAAACAAGAUAAUGAUUAGUGCUAAAGUGGCAUAUGUGCAGUCUUAUUCAAGGUCCAGGUUCGAUCGACACUCCUUUCUUACGACUAGUGAUAAUCCCGUCCAAAUGCAUCAACCAAGAAAGGGUUCAGUGCAGUUUGCAGCUUCAACGUGAUCGAUCGAUAAGGUGACUAUUUAGUUGCAAUGUAUAAAGUGAUAACAAUUUCAACUGUAAACUGGUUAAGACUGAUCGGAUACUUGAGUUUCGCAACCAUCCUUCAACCAUCACUACAAUGUGGAAUACCCCAAAUCGGUGGUAACGAGCUGAUAGUACACGGACAGGAAACCUUCUCCGGCGAUUGGCCGUGGCAUGUCGCGCUCUAUCACCGCAAGGCUCGAUCGAUUGAGUACGCCUGUGGUGGAACCAUUAUCAACGAUCAGUUCGUCCUGACGGCGACGCAUUGCGUCAUGAACAGUGCCAAUGGAUUUCAGCUGGCACCGAACCGUGUAUUCGUUCGGAUGGGGAUUCACGACUUGGAAGCAUUCGAUCCGAAGUCGGCACAGCAUCAUGAGGUGGGGAAAAUCCAUAUAUUCGCAAAUUAUACCCGACUGGUUGAUGACAUUGCGUUACUGGAGCUGAGCACGAUCAUUCGAUUCAACGAUUACGUUCAACCGGCUUGUCUUGAAUUGGAACGGAAUAUAACGGGUGAGUACGGGACGGUAGUUGGCUGGGGACUAACGGAGGAUGAUGAGACUUCGACGCUCUUGAAACGAGCCGAACUGCCAAUUGUUGAUCCCGUGACGUGCCUGAAGAGUGAUCGCGUACUGUUUGGGCAAACCUUGGACGAUGGACUGUUCUGCGCGGGUUACACCAAUGGAACAAGUGUCUGCAAUGGUGACAGCGGUGGUGGAUUGUUCAUCAAACGAGCCAAUACGUGGUUUGUGGGAGGGAUCGUGUCUUUCUCGCAGACUCGAUCCGGUGGCACGAAUUAUUGCUAUACGAAGGGGUAUGGAGCUUUCACACGGGUUCAGAGAUACCUUCCCUGGAUUAGGGAAGUAGCUAGGAUGCCCAUCGAGCCUGUUAGAGAAGUUGGUGUUUGUAGUGCAGAGGUGCCCGACUCCGCAAAUCCAUACCCAGACUAUUUUCCUCGGCACUGCGGAGUGUACAUUGCCCGUCGUAUCGCUGGAGGGAACAACGCACGAGUAUUUGAGUUUCCUUAGAUGGCUUUAAUAGCAACUACGGAUAGGGAACCGCUCUGUUCAGGAACGCUGAUCAACAAGCGUUACAUCGUUACAGCUGCCCACUGUAUAAGAAAUCCACUGCCCGACAAAGUGAUUCUGGGAGAACAUACCACUGGUCAAGAAGUGGAUUGCAAUGGGAAGAGGGACUGUGCUCCACCCGUACGAGACUACAGAGUUGCGUGUGUCAUAACGCAUCCAUCGUUUUCGUUACGCA